AAAUACUUGACACUGUUGAUGCUGACCAUUUUAACUUGCGAAUGAAGCCACAGGGUUGUUAUGAGUGCGAGCGAUAUCAAAGUUGAAGUUAAAGAGAGUAAUACGACUGCCCAAGAGUGUAGAGAAGAAAAGGAGUCUAGAGGAUCGACCUGGAUUUUCUCAUUUAGAAAGCAUAUUUUUUACCUUUUCUCUUUUUCAAUAUUGGGAGUUAACGUUAGCAACCAAAUAUCUAGAUGGCUUUUAGUCCACCUAGCCUCUCAACUUCAGAAAGAGUUAAACGUAACUAAAGAGCAAUUUGGAUUCGCAGCUGGUUACGGUUUUAGUAUAGUCUUUUUGAUAGUCGGUAUUCCCGCUGGUGUGGCCGUCGAUCGUUAUAAAGCCUCUCUAAUACUAAUUUUAAGUUUAGUGUCUUGGUCCCUUAUUACUUUUGGUACAGGUUUUUGCUCUAAUUUUUACUUACUGCUUACGUGUCGAAUUCUUCUUGGAAUCGCCCAAAGUUUUUGUGACCCUGCUUCUUUAGCUUUAUUUAGUCACUCAGGGCUUUCAGGGAAUCUUUUAAGCCAGGCGCACUCCAUUUAUAGUGCCGGGCCUUACCUUGGGUACGGUCUCUCGGCAGCCAUUGGAGGAGGCCUUGCAGCAAAGGUCGGCUGGAGAAGCGUUUUUAAGGGUUUUGGAGUCGCCGGAAUGGUGUUUGCGUUUCCCCUCAGUUUCUUCCUGGCUGCUAAGGAACUUCCUCACUUUCAGUGUACAGAAGCAAUGGGCCUGGGUGCUAACUUUCGGCGCGUGUUCGUACUUCUCUUUAGUUUUCCCCCCCGCUGGAUCAUGCCAAUUGCAGGUGGUCUUCGGGAACUUGGUGAGUUGAUUUUUUCUGCUGCGGAGGGGGAUACGUCUGCGGGUCAUACAUAUACAGUUACUUGGAUUACGAGUUCAACAGGCACAACCAACGACCGUACUACCCCUGGCUUUUUGGAACCCUGGUGACCACGUGCGGUCUCUCAUCGGUCACGUUAGGCGCCCUUGUCACCAGAAAAUUGCGCGUUAGCUACGGUAACGCUGCAUUGUACGUUUCCAGCGCAGGUGUUCUCUUUUCUAUUCCAUUUAUAUGCGGGCUUGUAUACACGAGCACUAUUCCCGGUAUCAGCAGAGAUGUUGCUUUUUCGAUUAGCAUGAUUUGUUUGGGGCUCUCUUAUUUGUUCGCUGAAGUUUGGGGAGAUUUUUAUCAGGGGUUUGUAGCGUCUUCUACAAUAAUAUCAUCGACAGGCAAUUUAGCGGGAUGUCCUUUUCGCUUUACUUUUCUUUUAUGACCCUCAUAGGGGCGAGCGGGCCCGAACUUGUCUCCAAGUUUCCUUUAUACAAAAAUGAAACUAUAGGUGAUAAGGAGUACAUGAUCCCCUCACGACUUCUUCUUACAAUUGCUAUAUCUACGGCGUACCUCCUAUCGGCCACUCUGUGGCUGUUAGUUGCUUGGCUGGUUGCCAAAAAAAAUAGAGAAGCAACUGUUAUGAACACCAGUGAAACUGAGCUUUCUAGGCCUAAAUUGUAUAUAGCGGUCGCAUUUUGCGCGACACUACUACU